AUGGGGCUGAGGACCGCGAAGAGGGGGCUUGGGGGAGGGGGGAAAUGGAAGCGAGAGGAGGGAGGAGGAACAAGAGGAAGGAGAGAAGUGCGGCCAGCUUGCUUUCUCCUGUCGGGUGGCCGCGGGGACCCGGGCGACGUCGGAGGCCCUGCCGGGAACCCAGGCGGCAGCCCCCACCCCCGCGCUGCGACACGCCCCCCACCACUUCCGGCUCACACCCCCGCCCACACUCCUGAGUGGUGCGGUGCAGCGGCGGCCGAGGCAGCAGAGCCGAGGAGAGCAGGUCCACACCUCUGCAUCCCUGCACCAGGACUCACCGAGACGCCCAUCCUGGAAAAGGUCCCCCAUAAGAUGGCAGCAAAAACUCCCAGCAGUGAGGAGGAGUCUGGGCUACCCAAACUGCCCGUGCCACCACUACAGCAGACCCUGGCCACGUACCUGCAGUGCAUGCGACACCUGGUGCCUGAGGAGCAGUUCAGGAAAAGCCAGGCCAUUGUGCAGAGGUUUGGGGCCCCUGGUGGCCUCGGCGAGACCCUGCAGCAGAAACUCUUGGAGCGGCAGGAGAAGACAGCCAACUGGGUGUCUGAGUACUGGCUGAAUGACAUGUAUCUCAACAACCGCCUGGCCCUGCCUGUCAACUCCAGCCCCGCCGUGAUCUUUGCUCGGCAGCACUUCCCUGGCACCGACGACCAGCUGAGGUUUGCAGCCAGCCUCAUCUCUGGUGUACUCAGCUACAAGGCCCUGCUGGACAGCCACUCCAUUCCCACUGACUGUGCCAAAGGCCAGCUGUCAGGGCAGCCCCUUUGCAUGAAGCAAUAUUAUGGGCUCUUCUCCUCCUACCGGCUCCCCGGCCAUACCCAGGACACGCUGGUGGCCCAGAACAGCAGCAUCAUGCCGGAGCCUGAGCACGUCAUCGUAGCCUGCUGCAAUCAGUUCUUUGUCUUGGAUGUUGUCAUUAAUUUCCGCCGUCUCAGUGAGGGGGAUCUGUUCACUCAGUUGAGAAAGAUAGUCAAAAUGGCUUCCAACGAGGAUGAGCGUUUGCCUCCAAUUGGCCUGCUGACGUCUGACGGGAGGAGCGAGUGGGCCGAGGCCAGGACGGUCCUCGUGAAAGACUCCACCAACCGGGACUCGCUGGACAUGAUUGAGCGCUGCAUCUGCCUUGUGUGCCUGGACGCGCCAGGAGGCGUGGAGCUCAGCGACACCCACAGGGCACUCCAGCUCCUUCAUGGAGGAGGCUACAGCAAGAACGGGGCCAAUCGCUGGUAUGACAAGUCCCUGCAGUUUGUGGUGGGUCGAGACGGCACCUGCGGCGUGGUGUGCGAACACUCCCCAUUCGAUGGCAUCGUCCUGGUGCAGUGCACUGAGCAUCUGCUCAAGCACAUGACACAGAGCAGGAGGAAGCUGAUCCGAGCAGACUCCGUCAGUGAGCUCCCCGCCCCCCGGAGGCUGCGGUGGAAAUGCUCCCCGGAAAUUCAAGGCCACUUAGCCUCCUCGGCAGAAAAACUUCAACGAAUAGUAAAGAACCUUGACUUCAUUGUCUAUAAGUUUGACAACUACGGGAAAACAUUCAUUAAGAAGCAGAAAUGCAGCCCGGAUGCCUUCAUCCAGGUGGCCCUCCAGCUGGCCUUCUACAGGCUCCACCAAAGACUGGUGCCCACCUACGAGAGCGCGUCCAUCCGCCGAUUCCAGGAGGGACGCGUGGACAACAUCAGAUCGGCCACUCCAGAGGCACAGGCUUUUGUGAGAGCCAUGACUGACCACAAGGCUGCUGUGCCAGCUUCUGAGAAGCUUCUGCUCCUGAAGGACGCCAUCCGUGCCCAGACUGCAUACACAGUCAUGGCCAUAACAGGGAUGGCCAUUGACAACCACCUGCUGGCACUGCGGGAGCUGGCCCGGGCCGUGUGCAAGGAGCUGCCUGAGAUGUUCACGGAUGAAACCUACCUGAUGAGCAACCAGUUUGUCCUCUCCACUAGCCAGGUGCCCACAACCAUGGAGAUGUUCUGCUGCUAUGGUCCUGUGGUCCCAAAUGGGUAUGGUGCCUGCUACAACCCCCAGCCAGAGACCAUCCUUUUCUGCAUCUCCAGCUUUCACAGCUGCAAAGAGACUUCUUCUAGCAAGUUUGCAAAAGCUGUGGAAGAAAGCCUCAUUGACAUGAGAGACCUCUGCAGUCUGCCGCCGCCUGCUGAGAGCAAGCCAUUGGCAACACAGGAAAAAGCCACGAGGCCCAGCCAGGGACACCAGCCUUGACUCCUGCCACUAGGUUUCACCUCCCAAGCCCA